AUGAAAGAGGGGGAUUUUAAGGUUCUGUACUUCCAUUCAACACCACUUGUAAACGAUGACUGUUCAAGAUUCCCGACGUUCAAAGCUUCCAAGGAAUGCAUGUUCCCUGGACUCUGCGUUGAGGUUGGUUUACAGACCACAUAUAGUGUAGCAAACCUGUCUAUAACCAAGAAUCUUAGAGGCCUUGAGAACUAGUUUUUAUCUAAAUACGCUGAUUUCAGAUCAUUUCUCUGCUCGCCGACAAGCUAAACCUUAAUCUUGUCCCGGUGGUGGUAAACCAUCGCAACACGUAUGAAUACAUUCAAAAUGGCACAGUCUACGGCAUUUUGAAUUACAUUUUGAAUGGAACUGUCGACACAAUUGCCUCAGCGUAUCUGAUGAAUGAUUAUUUUGACGAGAAAUUCAACGUGUCCGAAAAAUUGUUCUAUGUAAGCCCAAAGAAGCUAUUUGUACAUAAUUUUUAGACCGAGAAAAAGUUGAUUGGACUUCAUCAAAAGGACGGAUUCUCACAAUAUUUCGGAUUUUUUGGCUCUUACCAGACAACUGUAUGGAUAGCCAUCGGGCUGUCGCUGGCGUUGCAAUGCAUUUUCUCCGUGAUCGUGCAUAGAGUUGAAAAGGAACUCUACGAGGUGAACUCAAGCCUUUGACCUACAUGUUUAAUAGUCUUCUUUUACAGGAUAAGAAGUCCAAAUGGUCUGAGGUUAUUUGGAGAAUCGUUCGCCUACAGUUGUUGCAACCUCAGAACUGUCAAAGCAAGCUCUUGUCAGGUAACGGUCACGUUCUUUUCCGCUUUACACUCGCUUUGAUUAUUGAGUGACAUUUUGGUAACUUCAAUGAAUUUCUAAUUCCAGGAAAAUGUUCUAUCAUAAUCUUUUCCUUGGCGCAAUGCGCCAUUCUUAUGGGCAUUCUCAGCUCGUAUAUCCUGGCUCGCUUAAUGAGCCCGGAGCAUUUCAUUCCCUUGAAAAGCCUUGGAGAGGUUCUACGGGCCAUGGAUCGGGAACAAGUGUAUUUCGUUGAGACUCUGCAUUACCCGCUGCUACGCCAGACCUUGAUCGACGUCGGCUGGCAGCAAGGUUUGAAUAUGACCGAAGUUUUGGCGAGAAAUCCUAUCCGCUAUGCGAAAAACGAUGAGGAAGCAAUGACGAUGCUUAACAACAACGAAGCUGUCAUGAUGAGAUUUGUAUGUUUAGAUAUGUAUAUGUAACAGAAAUUAUUGCAGGACACGGAUGACUUCUACUUCAACGGUUUGAAGAACUGCGACUUUAUGACUUCAUUUGAUGCAAUUGAAGUCCUUAAACGUGGAUUUUUGUUUAGGAAAGAUUAUGAACUGCUCCCGAGAAUCAAUAAAAUUAUUGAACAAGAGGAACUGACCAUCACCAGGCUCUAUUCAAAGUACAUGCAAGAUUAUAAGACCAAGAAGACCUGUAGAAGGAAAGGUCGCUCUGAAAUUGGUAAGAGAUGACAUGGGACAUGACAGUAGGUGAUAAAGUCUAUGGACUUGAUCUUCACAAGGACUUUUUUUUAGCCAUGCUAAAGGCCAUUUUUAGGGAUUUACCCAUAUCUUGGACUCGGAAUUUUCCUCUUGGUAGUGAACACAUCAGCCACAUUCGUCCUCAUAUUCGAGUUAAUCACCCACAAUCGUGGUGGAUGCCGGCAGCGAAAAUUGAAACAAUAG